AUGGUAGUCAUCAAUGAUUUGACCCUCAACCAAGACUGCUCGUGUAUCUCGAUCUCUACCAAUGAGUAUCACAAGAUCUUUAACUGCGAGCCGUUUGGCGAGUUCUACACCUCCCAAUCCCUGCCCCAGCAGAAUGACCCAGACAGUGCCACCAGCAACGAUAGCAACCAGGAAAGGCCUGCCACCAACAGGAGAGACUCACUCAUUGUAACGGACUCUAGUGGGCCCAAGAACCCGACUGCUUUCCUCAAAAUGCUCUUCUCAACCUCCUUGACCAUCAUCAUCCCUCAGUCCACCACCAAGUUGGGCAACAGGCUCCUCAAGAUCUACAAUCUCAAGCAGAAUCUCAAGAUCUGCGAGUUGACGUUUCCUUCCUCCAUCGUCAACGUGCGAUUGAACCGCAAAAGACUCGUGGUGUUCCUUGAAAUCGGCCAAAUCUACGUGUAUGACUUGAGCUGUGUCCGCUUGAUCAAGGUGUUGGAGAUCAACACCUAUGGCGACUUGUCCUUGAGCGAUGAAAAGGCACCGAACAGCGAAUUGGUGGGAGAUUUGAGUCCGGAUGAUCAGUCCUACUUAUUACUUCCAGUCUCGAUGAUCAAUGAUCAAACCGACUUGUUCAACACCGAAAACGGUCGACCAGCAAGCACAAGUAGACCCGGCUCUCAGCCCUCUACCCCUGUGCUACAGCCAAGUGACUCCACCAUUCUAAGUUACUACUUGGACUCCCUCAUUGCAUUGACCCACAAGAACGAUGGCUCAAGCAUUAGCAAAAGAAUAGGGCAGGGAAUAACGCUUGAAGAUUUGAAGAAAGACAGCGACGGUUGGGUGUUGGUAUAUGACACCAUCAAGCUCAAACCAAAGUUGAUAUUCAAGGCCCAUAAUUCGGCCAUUGCCAAAAUCACCAUUUCUGGAAACAACCGAAGCAUAGCCACCGCCUCGGUCAAGGGUACGAUUAUCCGGGUGUUUCAGCUAGAGAUUAAUGAAGACAAAAUUGGCAUUUCCCAAGUGAUUAACUUGAGGCGGGGGCAUAACCUUGCCCGCAUCAAUACUUUGAGCUUCAACAGCGAUUGCACGAUAUUGGGGUGUGGGUCUGAGAGCAACACCAUACAUUUCUUCAAAUUAAACGAGGAGGGCCAGCAGCAUGUGGUAGAGUCAGACGAUGAGUCGGACGAGGAAUCAAGGUCUGAGGACUUGAACGAUAACUUGGCCAGUUUGUUGGUGGAACAAAGUACCCCCAAGGAGUCGGAAGAGCCUGCUUCGUAUUUCAGCUUUAACCUCAAGAAAACCUCAAAGCUCAUUAACAACCACUACACGAAAUCCAUAAUCAAGAGGCUCCCGUACAAGGACUACUUUGACAAUUUGAUCUGGGAGCCUCCUCGACGCUCAUUUGCAUAUAUCAAACUCCCCGAGUACACCCCUCCUCCUCCACACUCAGCAGCAUCAGAUAUCUCCAAAAAUAAGGUUGAGAUCGGGUUCAAUGCGAACUUGAUUCUCUUGGCCUCUUACCAGACUGGAACUUUCUACCAGUAUCAACUACCACCAGUGCCUGUCAAGGGCCAAAAGCACAAGCACAGGGAGGAUGACACCAGGCAGGAAUGCCUCUUGGUGAAUCAGUACUCAUUAGUGUAA